CUCUUUGUACCGUAUAUGGAUCUAGAUGAGGAAUGGUACUACAGGACAUUCUUAGAUGCUGGAGAAUAUGGUUUUGGCCUAAGUGCAUUGCCACUGGAGCCACUCAGAGACUGUCCACAAAAUGCUGUUUUCAUGGACGUGUUUGUUGCUUCGCCAAAUGGGAGACCCAUCAAAAUGCCCAACACUUUCUGCAUCUUUGAGAAAUAUGCUGGAGAUAUCAUGUGGCGUCACACGGAGAAUCAGAUCCCAAACAAAUUGAUAAGAGAGGUCAGGCCAGAGGUGAGCCUAGUGGUUAGAAUGGUGGCGACAGUGCUUAACUAUGACUACAUUGUUGAUUGGGAAUUCAAGCAAAGUGGGUCAAUUCUAGCUACGGUUGGGCUAACUGGCAUGCUAGGCGUAAGAGCAACAAAGUACACUCACAAGGACCAAAUACAAGAGGAAGUUUUUGGUACGCUAUUGGCAGAAAACACAAUAGGUGUAUACCAUGACCAUUUUCUUACAUAUCACCUUGAUCUUGACGUGGACGGGGAAGCCAACUCCUUUGUUAAGUCGAAAUUUGAGACGACAGGAGUGGCCGACCGCGGAUCGCCUAGGAAGAGUUAUUGGAAGGUCGUUAGCGAGACGGCGAAAACCGAGUCUGAGGCCAUGCUUAAUCUUGGCUCUGGUGCGGCUGAGCUGCUAGUUGUGAACCCCAACAAGAGGACUAAAAUGGGCAACAAUGUUGGCUACCGUUUGAUCCCCGGAUCCUUGGCAGGCCCACUCUUAUCGGACGAUGAUUUCCCGCAGAUCAGGGGAGCUUUCACCAAGUAUAACGUUUGGGUCACUCCAUAUAACAAGUCUGAAAAAUGGGCUGGAGGAAAGUACGUUGAUCAAAGCCAUGGGGAUGACACCUUAGCUACAUGGAGCAAGAGGGACAGGGACAUAGAAAACAAAGAUAUUGUGCUGUGGUACACGGUGGGUUUUCACCAUGUUCCUUACCAAGAGGAUUUUCCCCUGAUGCCAACACUGAGCAGUGGAUUUGAGCUUCGGCCAGCAAAUUUCUUUGAGAGCAAUCCAGUGCUCAAAGUUAAGCCACCAAAAGUGGUCAAGUGGUCAAAUUGCUCUGCAUUAACUGUGAUAUGA